AAGAUUGUAGGAGUCACAUGGACUCAACUUUCUAACUGGUGUCCACUUGUUGCACGCGCUGUGGGCAGCUGUCUCGCGCUGCUGUGUAGUUUUUAACUCACUUGCUUUUCACGCUUUUUUUGGUCUUUAAAAACCCGGCUUUGUUUUUCUACUUUCCGUGGACUCCCGCUGCAGACACCGGUUGCCCCUUCAGUGUUGACUAUGAAAACUUCACACGAGUGAAACCUGUUUUGUGAUGUGAAACUUUUGCCGAAAAGGAAAUAAGUUUUUUUAAUUCAUCCACUCACAAUGACUGAGGAGAGCAGAAGUGAGCACAGAGCUGAAAGCGGGAAGGACCUGGAGAAACAGCUCCGGUUACGAGUGUGCGUCCUAAAUGAACUUUUAAAGACUGAACGGGAUUAUGUUGGGACACUAGAGUUUCUCUCGGAAGUCCGGGAAUCCAGCCUAAUGGAGAAAGCAGCUGCUAAGAGGGAUGGUUUGCUGGCUCUUACAAACCCAGGUGUUCAAGUGAAGCCUGUGUGCUUCAUGCCAACAUCCAGCUCCCUCCUGUGUUGUGAUGGAAACAGGAACAGAAGAUGCUGAUGGUCAGUGCGUCCUGAUUUGAUGAAAACAUACAAACAAAAUGUGUAAACAGAGGGCUCUCCAGCAUCGGGCCAUAUAUGGAGGCAUGUUGUAUUGAUGUUGGAAGCGAAAAUAAGCUGUUGCACUUUUCAUUUUUAAUAAAUACU